AUGCGCAACUUGAAAAACGUCCGCCUCGCCGAGGUGCAUCUGCAAAAUGAGCUUCCCUUGACGGCCACUGCCUGGGACACAGCUUCAGACGCGGUCAUCUGCACAUUUGGUCCUACUGAAACGAACCCUGUCAUCGAGCUUCGAAGAAAGCAACAUGAUAGCUACUUUGCGGACCCUAUAGGCGCAGAAGUAUUUGAUUGCAUUGCGUCGUGGGAUGCGCCAUGUCCGCUGCCCGACCUGAGCUGCGACCGGGUGCUCUCCCUUCACUACUUUGCGGACAAUCUCACUGCUUGUCUGGUGUUGGAGGGUGGUGACAUCGUCAUCGUCCGCGAGGAACCCCUUCCAGGCGAGGACAAGAUUGAGAUCGUGGGCUCCGUCGAUGUGGGCAUCACAGCUGCCGCGUGGUCUCCGGAUGAGGAGCUUCUAGCUCUUACCACCAGGGCUAACACCUUCCUCUACAUGACCCGGGAAUUUGAAAAUGUCGCUGAGAUUACCUUCACCCCGGAAGAUCUUAAAGCAUCCCAGCAUGUCUCUGUGGGCUGGGGUAAACGAGAGACGCAGUUCCAGGGAAAGAGAGCCAAGGCUCUUAGAGAUCCUACAGUCCCCGAGAAGGUGGACGAGGGAAGACUCAGCAGUAGCGACGACGGCCGAACCACGAUCAGCUGGCGGGGUGACGGUGCCUAUGUCGCCGUGAACAGCAUCGAAUCAGGUGUUCGUCGCGUGAUCAGAGUCUACUCCCGAGAGGGCGCUUUGGAUAGUGUGAGCGAACCAGUUGAUGGCUUAGAGAGUGCUCUUAGCUGGCGACCAUCCGGUAAUCUGAUUGCGGGAAUUCAACGGCUCGACGACAGAGUUGAUGUCGUAUUCUUCGAGCGAAACGGCCUGCGCCAUGGAGAGUUCACCCUCCGUCUCACUGCAGAAGAGACCGUAUCAUGGGCUUCAGAAAUCCAGCUGAGUUGGAAUGUGGAUUCCACGGUCCUGGCCGUCCUCUUCAAGGGUCGCGUACAAUUCUGGACUACGGGUAACUACCAUUACUAUCUCAAGCAAGAGAUCCCCGUGGUAGUGGACCCUGAGUAUUCGCACCCCAUUGCCUUCAAAUGGCACCAGGAAAAGGCUCUGCGGUCCGUUGCUUGCGGCUCAGCCUCAAUCCUGGAUGCAGACUUUGUUUUUGACGUCUCUCACGGCUCUACCGCGAUUCCCAACGAUGUCGGUGCUGUUGCAGUCAUAGAUGGAAAAACACUCAAGCUGACUCCUCUGAAAUUAUCUGGGGUGCCGCCUCCGAUGGCUCACAACGAAGUACUCUUGGACUCGAAUGUUAUCGAUGUUGCCUUCAGCAAAUCUGGCACUCGAAUUGCUGUCCUGAUGAAGAACUGUUUUUCGAUUUUCGUGUGGUCUCUCAAGUCUCGUCCAGUCCCGACACCGAUAUUAGAAUCAAGCUAUCCUUUGUCUGAAGCACCGGACAGCCGACCCCGACAAAUCGCUUUUCUGAAUGAGAACGAAGUAUAUAUUCUUUGGAAUGAUGGCCCUACUAGCGCUCAGAUUGAAAGGACCACACUUGAGACGCGAUUGACCAAGGCUGUCUAUCAAGCAACAGACUCGGAGCAAGUUCUCUCAAUCUUCCCAGCUCUUGGACAUGAAGAUUUGUGGAUUUCUCACAUCCCACAAUCUGGAAGUCACACUAAAUACUCUUCACUGGAGGUCCUCCCCUCUGCGGAUCUCCAGGUGAAACCUUGGGAUCAAAGCCCAGCUGUUGAUACCUACUGGGCCCGCGCUGUCCACUUAUCGGAGGAUGAGAGUCUGUUGAUCUCAUUAUCAAGAACUGGGGCCCUUUAUGCGAAUACACAUUUGCUCGCAAAGAACUGCACAUCGUUCCUGGUUACCCAAGCACAUGUUCUUUUUACUACGUCUCAGCACCUUCUUAAGUUCGUCCACUUGACAAAGGCAGAUGAAAUGGAUGUUCCUGCUGACACUCCCGAAACGGACGAACGAUGCCGAAAUAUCGAACGUGGAAACAAACUGGUCUCGGUAGUGCCCUCCAAAUUUGCUGUCACUUUGCAAGCACCCCGAGGGAAUAUCGAGACAAUAUACCCUCGAGCCCUUGUCCUCGCUGGUAUCAGAAGUUUCAUUGAUAGAAAGGAUUACCGAUCCGCCUAUCUUGCUUGCCGCAGCCAGAUGGUUGACCUGAACAUUCUGCAUGACUAUGCGCCAGAGCAGUUCCUCGACAACGUUCCAUUGUUCAUUGACCAGGUGAAGAAGAUUGAAUACAUUGAUGAAUUUCUCUCUCGCUUGAGCGAGGACGACGUCUCGCAAACUCUAUACAAGGACACUCUGCAAACACCCAAAGUAGAACCUUCCAGUGCUACACAGCCUGAGGUUACAACCUCCUCAUUCAGACCACCCAGCAAGGGCAGCAAGGUCAACCGAAUUUGCGAUGCGUUUCUGGCAACUCUUGAGAAGCGCAUGGACACGAACUUGCAUAAUCUGGUCACUGCACAUGUGUGCAAGUCGCCACCUGAUCUCGAGGCUGGACUACAGCUAGUCGCUCGCUUGAGAGAACAAAGCUCCGAACAAGCAGAGGACGCGAUCGAGCACAUGUGCUUUCUCACAGACGCUCAUCGUCUGUAUGAUCAUGCCCUCGGUCUCUACGAUCUUGAGCUCACUCUCUUGGUUGCCCAACAAGCUCAAAGGGAUCCCCGAGAAUAUCUCCCAUUCUUACGGAAGUUGCAACAGCUUCCCGAUGACCGCCGCCGUUUUGAGAUUGACAAUUAUCUUGGACGCUGGGCCAAGGCGUUGAAGCAUCUUCAUGCUCUCAGUGCUUAUGACGAGAUUCGCUCCUAUGUUAUCAAGCAUGAGCUGUACAAGGAAGCGAUUGACCUGUUCAAAUACCAGCAGGAGCAGCUGCGCGAUAUGACCCAUGUCUAUGCUGACUUCCUUUACGAUCAAUCCAAAUACAAGGAUGCAGGAAUCGCGUACGAAUCUCUCUCGCUCUAUGACGAGGCGUAUAAGUGCUACCACCUGGCGCAUCUCUGGCGCGAAUCCAUAUAUUGUGCCAUGAUGGUGCCCCUGUCCGAGGCCGAUCUCACUGCCCAUGCGAUUGCUUUGGCCAGUACAUUAACCGAAGAAAGCCGCGACUAUGUCUCCGCAGCCCACAUCCACGCAGAGCACCUGCACGACAUUCCCACAGCGGCCCGCCUUCUCUGCCGCGGCUCCCGUUUCGCAGAUGCCACACGUCUCCUCGCCCUCCAAAGCAAACAGAAUCUGAUUCCGGACAUCGUCGAUACCGGCCUCGCAGACUCGAUGGGCACAACGACUGAUCUCCUCGCCGACUUCAGGUCUCAGCUGAAUGCCCAGGUGCCGCGGAUCCGGGAACUCCGCGAACGUCGCGCCGCCGAUCCGCUGGCCUACUUCGGAGGCGAUGCGACAACGGGUGAUCUGGGCGUGGAUAUUCCCGACAAUGUCUCCCUCGCGCCAACAGACGCCUCGACCCUUGCCGGCCGCACCAUGUUCACACGCUAUACCGGUAAAACCGGUAAAACGACCUCCACGCGCCACACAUCCAAGACCCGCCGGCGCGAGGAGCGCAAGCGCGCGCGCGGCAAGAAGGGCACGGUCUACGAAGAGGAGUACCUGGUCAACAGUGUCCGGCGACUCCUUGAACGGGUGAACUCGACCGUUGCUGAAGUGGAGACUCUGGUGGACGCGCUCCUGCGGCGGGGUAUGCGUGAGCGCGCUGUUGCUGUCGAAAAGGCCAUGCAGGAAAUACUGAAAAUGUGUACUGAAGCCCGGGAGGAAGUCUUCGGCGCCCCGGUCUUGGCUGAGGACGGGAAUGCCGCUGAAGGCCUCGCGGAUGAGGCUGUUGACGGUGCUGAGGACCUCAGGGUGCGUGGAGGACAGCGUGUGCUCGCCGAAAGUCUCUCGACCGUCCUAGGGUCUGGUAAGGCAGGGCGGGAAGUGCCUAUGGUCAAGGAACUGAGCAAGUCCGCGUUGCUGAACUAG